AUGGCUCAGGAAGGCUCCGGAGGCACCRCCGGACACUCCUGGUCUGGAGAGGCCGAAGCUGCCGGACACCGGCGCCGGCUCCGGAGGGGAAACUUCCAGGCCAAGCAGCACCUGGAGCAUUUGGCGGAGAAGCUGAAGCUGCUGGGGCUGGAGCAGGGCCGGGGGSAGCUGGAGCAGCUCUGCUGCUGGCACCGCUAUCCCGGCACUCCCAAGGGCAAUGGGGAAGCGUCCGGCUCCGGCCACGAGGGACCGGGGGCUGCCGGGGGUCCGGUCCAGGAGGGACCUGCCCGGCAGGACAAGAGCCGCACGGAGGCGCAGAGGCAGAAGGUUCUGCGGGAAUUCCGGCGGCUGCGGCGCUGCCUGAAGGAGCAGGAGCUGGCGCUGCUGGUGCGGCUGCGAGAGCUGGAGCGGGCGCGGGUCAGGAGGGAGGAGGAGGAGGAGGCCGAGAUGUCSGGGAAGGUUUCGCUGCUCGAUGUGCUGAUCUGCGGGAUGGAGACGGAGCUGCGGCAGCCCCCGCGCAGAUUCCUGCAGGAUUCCCGAGGAGCCGUGGGCAGGUGGGACACGGGCGGCGCCCAGGGGGACACCCCGGAGCUGGAGCGGAGCCUCCAGGACAUUUCCCGACAAAUCCGAAUCCUGGCAGAGACCCUGGGCAGAUUCCAAGAGCUUUUGCCACUGGAGCUGGAGAAAGAGCGCGGAGAGAAUCCGGGAGGGGUCGGGAAAGCUUUCGUGACCCUGGACCCCGACACCGCUCACGCCCGGCUCGCCGUGUCCCGGGACCGCCGGGGGGUUCGCUGGGUGGAGGCGGCCCCGGAACCGGCUGCGCGGGUGCGGGUGGAGCUGGAUUACGGCGGGGGGCGGGUGCUGUUUUACCUGGCCGGGGAGGAGACCCCCGCCUUCACCUUCUCGGACGCCGCUUUUGGGGGGCACAGGGUCUUCCCCUUUUUCUGGGUGGGGCGGGGGGUCCGCSUGCGGCUCUGCCCCUGA